GCUAAACUGCUUUAGACGCGUUGGCACAGAAUUGAUUUUCUGUGUUUAAACGUAGCCACGUGUUGGAUAUCCAGGCUUUUGUUUCGGAGAUGAAUUACUUAAUAGCAUGGGUAGUGGCUGCUCUAAAGAAGAACUGAGAGCGGAACCAGAGUAUCUGAGGCCAAUCGAAGGGUCAGAUAGACACUAUCACAGCCGGGUGAACUAUACUGAUAUCCAACUGCCUAGAAGUCUGCCGGUAGACAAGGUAGGGGAUAACAAAAGGAAAUCCUAUGAGGUGCAGCAUGCGGACAAAUACGGUUAUCAGAAUGUGGAUGAAUAUGGGAAACUGCAUGAUCACUACGCACAGCGCAACACACAAGCAUGUCGAUGCCAAGACGAGUGCUGUGCUCCUGACAGUUGUCUUCCACCAUCUCAGUGUUGUGGCAGAAGCAAGUCAUUGCCCGCUGCGAGUAGACGGGAUUCGGUACACAAAGAAUAUACUUCGCACUACGAAAGGAACGUUGGUACUAUAAUCCCGAUAACAAAAGCAGUGUCCUCUGGAACGCCGGAGAUUUCAAAAAGCCUGGUUGAGCCAGACGCACCUGAAGGAGGGUGGAAGUUACUGUUCGUUGACCAGCAGACUCAAGUGGAGGUGAAUACAAUCGUAGUUAGAGGAGAUGAUGGCAAACUACAUCUUUGUACGAACCACGCAGUUAGAAAUAGGGAAGGUGCAGCUGCGGUUGAAAAGGGGACUUUUCACAUUGCUGUUACUCAAACACUUCCGUUAAAAAUUGAAAAAAUUACGGGGAUUGGCACGCAACAUGUUGUACAUUCGCAACUUCAGGCGCCCCAGGAUGAAGCAGAAACACAACACCGGUACUUCACCGAGGGAGUAGACGCAAGUCCAAUUGCUGUUGAUAGGAUCCAACAGCCGCUUGCAGAGAACAGUUUUAUUAUGCCAGAGAUGACAGAACAAGACUCAAUUCCCAAAUUCAUUUACAUGGGCGCUGAGCCAAGAAAAACCCGAUCUCGAAGUCCCAGGGUGCUACUGAUACCAUCACGCCAAAGUAGGAUUCCAGUGGUCCAUGCAAAAGAGCAGAAGUCAGAAUCACAAACGUCAUGCGCAAAGCAUCCUUCUCAAUGCACCUGCACCGGAUCGAGUUGCUGUGAGGAUUAUGGAACGGCAAUAGUGCCUGAUUAUCAGCUUCCUCGCUCUGACAACGACGAAAUAGGCGCAUCCAGACAGUUGGAUAAAACAGAACCCCUUUACAAUGGUCAAACACUAAGCAACUAUGAAAACACUCGCUUUCUUGUUGAACCUGUGAUUACACCAGUGUACGUAUCUUCAAAUGUAAAAUGCAGACCCAAACCAGUAGGUGUUCAUGAACAGGACGCUGCGCUUGACUGCAAUUUAACCGGCCAAGCGACAAACAGCAGUGCUUAUACCGACAGAUUUUUGUGCCGAAGUCAUGGCAUUCCGGGAGCCUAUCAGCUCAUACCCCUAGAUAACUCCUCUUACGGUAAUUGUGAUAGGCAUGCUAGAGUGAAACGGAAGGGGUUUGAAAAAAGGACAGUUGACGACACUCCUUCAAUUUCAAACGCAAUUGGCGUGAUGAGGCGCGGGUCACAGAGAACCAGCGCAUACCCCAAAGAAUUUUCGAAAAGUCAACUGGCGUUUUACGGCGUCAGGUCACAUGGUGUCACCUCUUGUUCCACAGCAUGCGUUGCAAACGGUCAAGGGGAAUGUCUCGUAUUUGCUGCCGAACUAAACGAGUUAUGUGCAAAUGAGACGGUUGAAGAGUGGACCGAAGACAUUCGUUCCGAUAAUGUGGACUCAUUCGUCGUAAUUUUGAACCUUGAAGGUGGUACUGCAAUGGAGGGUAAAAGGACUCUAUGUCGGAACCUGUUUAAUCGCUUAACUGGUAGGCUUAAAACUGAGCAACAGGUAGACGCCAAAACAACAAAGGCUCCUUCCUUUGAGCACAACAUGGUGCCUGAACUUCAGUCAAAGAGAAACGCUCAGGUCUAUACUCGUUUACCCCAAAUGAAACCAACCAUCAGCCUGGUAGAAGAACCGCCUCCACUGUGUCGUCAACCCACGCUUGUGGCAAAUGAAUUUCAAGAAAGAAUAAAGGACAGAUUAUGGCCAGUGAACACCCUAGAAGAGACCGAAUGUCCUCUGAACAACCGCACCUUACCUACUUACAACAGACCCGUUCGCGCUGCAGCACCGCACUAUGCUUCGAAUCCCUUGAAUGAACUAGACCUAGCACAACGCUUGGAUGAAUCAAACGUGAGAAAUAUAUCUAAGGCUGCAAUCCGAUAUGCGACUGAUACGCCAAAAAACAAAGUUUCUUCCCGUCCCUGUCUCUCAGGCGAGCGCUCGGAUUCCUAUGAUGGCUUGGAGAACAUGGCCACAGCGAAGGAGUGGAAGAACAGCAGUUAUCCUUCGAGUUUUCUGCCACCUAUUGAGAAGUGUGCUGCUUCCCGUGAUGAAGUUCUCUUGAACUAUAACCGCAAUAACAAACCUAACAUAAACAACGUGCGGCACACAUCAAAACAACAGAGUUCGGACGCCGCACUUCCUAGGCUUCGUGAUAGAAACUCAGGUUCUCAAAUGAUGAAUCAGCACAAUGCUGCAAAAUCAGCAGCAUCCAAAAACAAAGGAAAACAAAAAGGAUAUGAUUUACUGGUUGUGCAUCCUCCCCGAUGAACCAGUAUCCCAACUGGUUUCCUGACUCACUCGUAUUAGGCUGACUUUCUGCCCUAGAUUUCACAACAGCCCUCGGUAGUCAAAUGAUCUACUCCACCUAUGAUAUUUUGAAUAUCAUCCUGCGCACAACCAUUUUCACAAAUUCCAUUCUUUCUUGUGACACUUCACCUAGAGUUGCGCAUUCCUUGCAACUGUCUUCUAUGCAGCAAAUCAGCAACUUCACGUUCUUUUCAGCGAAAAGGCCAUUGGUUCCUUAAUAAAAUCGCCGCUGCGUGUGACUUUCCUGAUUAAUAUUAACGUGACUAUGGGAUCCAUAUACCAUUUGAAUUUGUUCCUAGUGGGUCGACUACACCAUGUGGGCGGAUACGAUGGCUCAAGUUUGGCGCACCGAGGUAGUUGAAUAUAAAAUGUGAUUUGUUGGUCCCACCAGUAUUUGACCACUGCCAAAGGCCCCGAAAAGGUUGGACUCAUAGCUUUAAUUUACUGGUGAUAUAUAUAUAUAUAUAUAU